AUGGGUCCAGUCAUGCCUCCCAGUAAGAAGCCAGAGGGCUCAGGAAUUAGCGUUCCCAGCGGAUUGAGCCAACGUUACCAAGAUAGCGAUUUAUCGAAGGCACUUCACGAUGACGAGGACCUAGAUUUCUCUUUGCCUGCCAUCAGAUUAGAUAAAGGGGCCAUGGAAGAUGAAGAACUAACUAAUUUGAACUGGUUACACGAGAGCAAGAACUUGCUGAAAAGCUUUGGGGACUCGGUGUUAAGGAGCGUUAGCCCCGUUCAGGACAUCGGUGAUGACACGCCGCCGUCUCCUGCCCACUCUGACAUGCCCUACGAUGCCAAGCAGAACCCCAACUGCAAACCUCCUUAUUCCUUUAGCUGCCUCAUAUUUAUGGCCAUUGAGGACUCGCCAACCAAAAGACUGCCCGUAAAGGAUAUAUACAACUGGAUCUUGGAACACUUUCCGUAUUUUGCAAACGCACCCACUGGAUGGAAAAAUUCUGUGAGACAUAAUCUAUCCUUGAAUAAGUGUUUUAAGAAAGUGGACAAAGACAGAAGUCAGAGUAUUGGAAAGGGGUCCUUGUGGUGUAUAGACCCAGAAUAUAGACAAAAUCUUAUUCAGGCUUUGAAAAAGACACCCUAUCACCCAUAUUCGCAUGUGUUCAAUACACCUCCCACAUCUCCUCAGGCAUAUCAAAGCACAUCAGGUCCACCCAUUUGGCCAGGAAGCACCUUUUUCAAGAGAAAUGGAGCCCUUCUACAAGAUCCUGACAUUGAUGCUGCCACUGCCAUGAUGCUUUUGAAUACUCCCCCUGAGAUACAAGCAGGUUUUCCUCCGGGAGUGAUACAAAAUGGAGCUCGAGUUCUGAGUAGAGGAAUAUUUCCUGGAGCCAGGCCAUUGCCAAUCAACCCUAUAGGAAGCAUGGCUGUUGCAGUAAGGAAUGGAAUAACAAACUGCCGGAUGCGGACAGAAAGCGAACAGUCCUGUGGCUCUCCAGUUGUUAGCGGUGACCCAAAGGAGGAUCACAACUACAGCAGUGCCAAAUCUUCCAACCACAGGAGCACAUCACCUGCUAGUGACUCCGUUUCCUCUUCCUCUGCUGACGACCAGUAUGAAUUUGCAACUAAAGGUAGCCAAGACAGCAGUGAAGGAAGUGAGGUUAGCUUCCAGAGCCACGAGAGCCAUAGUGAAACAGAAGAGGAGGACAAAAAGCAAAAUCAGAAGGAGACCAAGGAUUCUUUAGCUGACAGUGGGUAUGCGUCCCAGCACAAGAAAAGGCAACAUUUAAUGAAGGCGAAAAAAGUACCAAGUGACACGCUGCCUCUUAAAAAGAGACGUACAGAAAAGCCCCCUGAGAGUGACGAUGAGGAGAUGAAAGAAGCAGCAGGAUCGCUCCUGCAUUUAGCAGGAAUUCGAUCCUGUUUGAACAACAUCACCAAUCGGACGGCAAAGGGGCAGAAAGAGCAAAAGGAAACCACAAAAAAUUAG